UCGGAGAGAGAGGGGGUUCCCGGAAGCGCCGGGCGAGAGGAAGUGUGGGUGAGUGCGCGUUGGGGGCUCUCGCGGCGUGGCAGCCUCCGGCGCCGCCCCCCCCAUGGCUUCCUGGGGCCCCCUCGCUGCGCUCUGGCUGGCCCUGUUGCUCGCCCCGGACCCCGGGCUGGCUGGGGCCGUCGCCGAAGAAGGCGAUUGGGUCAAGCUGCCCAGCAAAUGCGAAGUGUGCAAGUAUGUGGCUUUGGAACUCAAAUCCGCUUUCGAUGAAACUGGCAAGACCAAGGAGGUGAUUGACACGAAGUAUGGCUUUUUGGAUGGCAAAGGGUCCAAAAUCAAGUACACGAAAUCGGACAUUCGUCUAAUUGAAGUGACUGAAAACAUCUGCAAGAGGCUUUUGGAGUACAACCUGCAUAAAGAGAGAACAGGAAGCAACCGAUUUGCAAAGGGCAUGUCUGAGACAUUUGAAACUCUACAUAACUUGGUGCACAAAGGGGUCAAAGUGGUGAUGGACAUCCCGUAUGAGCUCUGGAACGAAACGUCUGCAGAAGUGGCUGAUCUGAAGAAACAGUGUGAAGUAAUGGUGGAGGAAUUUGAAGAUGUGAUUGAAGACUGGUAUCGAAACCAUCAGGAAGAGGACAUUUCUCAGUUCCUCUGUGCAAACCAUGUCUUGAAAGGAAAAGACACCAGCUGCCUGGCUGAGAAAUGGAGUGGCAAGAAAGGGGAUCUGGCAAGUUCAGGGCACAAGAAGACUAAGAAAAAGGAGGGCAAAGCCAAGAAGGCCCCCAAAAGUCAAAAGAGCCAGAAGGACGAGGCGGAGCAAGAACGACAGAAUGCGAAGCUAAGUGCCGAAGAGGCGCCCAGUCGAGCCGAGGAGGAGGAGGAGGGUGUUCAGAAGGUGGCUCCGCUUUUGCACAGCGCGGACGAACUGUAGCUUCUUCGGAGUCGCGCCCACCGCCCACUCUUCCCUCAGGUGGACUUUCGAGCUUGUCUUCGGGCCACAGAGAAUUGCUUUACCCGUCGGGAGUUUCAGGGUGGCGAUUCUGGCAUUUGGCAGGGCUGGUGCGGAACUGCUCCUGACGGGCAGCACUCAUGGUCGCUUGAACUUGAGCCAACCAGUGUUAGUGUGCCUCCUCGCGGGUGUAAGGUAGGCAGAACCCAGCCAGCCCUGGGGCGAAUUUGGAGGAAGCGGUUGGGCAGCAGGAGCGUGUGAGGUGCUUCCUGGUCAGCCCAGCUCGUGUGCUUCCACCCCCCUUCUACAGCUUUGAUCUGCCAAACACAACUGGGGAAGGGGUGGAAGCUAGGAGGAAGUAGAAGAGAACAAGGCCUGAGCAUGUGGGAAAUCUCCUUUCCAACCCACGAUAACAGGAUAACAGAUCGCUCUCUGAUUAGCCCCACUGGUUUUAACUCGUUACACCUUUCAAAGUCCAUUGCUUGGAAGGUGGGCUCGGUACUGCUGUUCCUCGUAUCAUGCAGAUCAUUGAGUUUGCUCGGAGGGAGAGGAGGGUGAAGAUUCUACCAGUGUAAUUAAGGGCACUGUGCUUUUGUUGUGAGAUUUCCCCUUUUUAGUCCCCUUCGCACCUUUAGUGGAUCGAUUCCUGUCACAGCUCUAGUCAGGAGAAGUGUUUGCAGAUGUCUGCCAUGUUCCCUCCCCCAAACCACCUGCCCUCUGUUGCUGCCGUGAACAUGCUUCCUGUUUUCCAAAGUCCUGCAAAGAGUGUAAAUAAACAGAGGUACUUCUUUUUGCA